AUGAUCAUAGAAAUUAUGAUUGGUUUGGGCCUCGGCUAUCUCUCAUGGAGCUUGAUCGCCAUGGAAAUUAAUUACCGGCGUGCUGCAGCCAUUGGCAUCCCACUCGUGAGGCUUCCAGUGGAUCCCAUGAAUUUGGUUUGGCUCAUCUUGGAACCUUCUUUAUGGAACAUCUUGGACAAAAUUCCCAUUGAUUGGGGUACUUUUGGUCGCUACUCACGCAGAGGAUGCCAUUUUCAUGAUAAAGCAACAUCGCAUUUGAAGUAUGGCCCUGUUUGGGCUCUAGUUACGCCUUGCGAUAUUUAUAUCUAUUUUUCAGACCCCGAUGCUAUACAUGACAUAUUCAUGCGCCGUACGGACUUUCUUCGCCCAUCCAAGAUGUAUAAGCUUCUCGAGGUUUAUGGACCAUGUAUAUCUACGGCAAGCUUGGCGGAUUGGCCAAGGCAUAGAAAGGUUCUUGCUACACCUUUUAACGAAAGCAUCAUGAAGUUCGUCUGGGACGAGGCACUCAGUCAAGCUAAAGGACUGUUGGAGCUAUGGACAGAUGAUUCAAAGUCAGAAGAAAUAUCUUCCGCCAAAGAUACCCGCACCCUGUCUUUGAAUGUCCUAGCAGCCACUGGAUUUCGCAAAUCAUACAAGUUCGACAGCGCAAGUCAAACGGAGACUAGCUAUCGAGAUGCGCUACAGAAAGUCCUGGACAAUGUCGUACUUCUUAUGCUGGUUUCUCCAAAAGUUCUUCAGCUGCCCUUCAUGCCCAAGUCUUGGACACAAGUGGGUCGGGCAGCUGUUGAUUUCAAAGUUCACAUGGAGGAUAUGCUGAAUGAAGAGACGCAACUCUUUGAGGAAGGCAAGAUGGGAAGCGGAACCUUGAUGACAUCAUUUGUCAGAGCUUUGGGAGUCCAUCAGAAAGAGGAAGCAAACUCUCAAACUUCUCAACCAACCUCGAAAGGCCUGACAAUAGAUGAGAUCUUCGGAAACAUCUUUGUUAUCAACUUCGCUGGCCAUGACACCACCGCAAAUACUCUAGCUUUCACUAUGAUUCUCCUUGCGGCAUAUCCGGACAUUCAAGACUGGGUUUCAGAAGAGGUGAACGUGAUUAUCAAUGAUGAGCGUGAUACUUGGGAGUACGAAACUCUUUUUGGAAGACUUAAAAGGUGUAGAGCUGUGCUGCUUGAGACACUUCGCCAGUUUCCACCCAUAAUGGCCUUGCCUAGAUGGAGCAACGACAAAUCACAGGUUCUGCGAGUUGGAGACCAGACAAUUGUAAUCCCUCCAAAUACAGGUGUUAUGCCCAGCAUUCUUGCAGUUCAGAUGCUCCCAAAAUACUGGGAAAAGCCUCUCAUUUGGAACCCUAAGCGUUGGAUCUCAGUUUCAUCUAACCAGAGCUCUCUAACAAAUCCAUCUGAUCAACUUGACGGGGAGGAGAUUAUCACUCCAUCUCAGAGCACAUUUUUCCCUUGGUCUGAUGGUCUACAGAACUGCCCUGGUCAGAAAUUUUCUCAGGUGGAAUUUGUGGCAGUGAUCGCUGUUCUUUUACGAGACCACCGUGUAAACAUAGUUCGCAAAAUAGGGGAGAGCUUACAAGAAGCAAGAGAACGUGCGUUAGCAGUUACACAAGAUUGUAACAUGGAGCUGUUACUGAGGAUGAAGGAUGCUGAUCAAGUGCGCUUGGUUUGGGCAAAAGCGGAAAAGUUUAGAUCUUUCGACGGUCAUUUUAUCAUUUAA